AUGGCGGUCCUCCUCGAGACGAGCAAGGGCGACAUCGUCGUCGACCUGUACACGGACGAGUGCCCGAACGCGACGAAGAAUUUCCUCAAGCUCUGCAAGAUGAAGUACUACAACAACGUCCUGUUCCACAGAGUCACGAAGGACUUCGUGCUUCAGACCGGGGAUCCGACCGGCACGGGCCAGGGCGGCGACAGCGUGUACAAGCACCUGUACGGCGACCAGGCGCGGUUCUUCCCGGACGAGAUCAGGCCGACGCUGAAACACAAGGCGAAAGGUUGCGUCUCCAUGGCGUCCGCGGGGCCGGACCUGAACGCGUCGCAGUUUCUCAUAACCUGCCGCGAGGACUGCGACGCGCUGGACGAGAAGAACACGCUGUUCGGGCAAGUGUCCGAGGGCUUAGACGUCGUCGACGCCAUCAACGAGGCGUACUGCGACGAGGACGGGCGGCCGUACCAAAACGUGCGAAUCAAACACGCGAUCGUCCUCGACGACCCGUUCGACGACCCGCCCGGAUUCGCCGCGCUCGUCCCGGACGCGUCGCCGGAGUUCGUGAAGGACCCGAACGACGCGCGUCUGGAGGACGACUGGAAGCCGUCGGACCCGGACAGGGACCCGACGGAGGUGGAAAAGGAAAAACGCGCCCAGGAGGCGAAGAGCCGGGCGGUGGUGUUGGAGAUGAUCGGCGACCUUCCGGACGCGGACGCGAAGCCGCCGGAGGAGUCGCUGUUCGUGUGCCGUCUGAACCCGGUGACGACGGACGAGGACUUGGAGAUCAUAUUCUCGCGGUUCGGGAAAGUUGUCGGCUGCGACGUCGUGCGGGACUACAAAACCGGGGACUCGCUGAACUUUGCGUUCGUGACGUUCGAGACGAAAGAAGAAGCCGAGGCGGCGUACUUCAAGAUGGACAACGUCCUCAUCGACGACCGACGCGUACACGUGGACUUCUCGCAGUCCAUGCACGGCCUGUGGCGAAACUACAAGCGGUUCGGAAAGAAAGGCGGCACCGCCCAGGACGCGGACGAAGCCGCGGAGGGCGGCGCCGGACGCGGCGCCGGCGCGCGCGUGAACCGCGAGUUCCGAGCCGGGGACGGGCGGAGCACGUACGAGAUUAAAGGGUCCGCGAUGGGGCACAUCGGCGGCGUCACGGGCGGGUACCGAGGCGGGGGGGGAGGCGACAGAGGCGACAGAGGCGACAGAGGCGGCGAGAGAGAAGGGGGGGAGCCGAGGAGAGACGGCGGCGGCGACCGCCGCGACGGACGCGGGGACGGCAAGGACCGCGACCGCGAUCGCGACCGCGAUCGCGAUAGGAAGCGCGAUCGCAGCCGCAGCCGCGAUCGAAAGGACGACCGGCGGAGGCGCGAUCGAAGCAGGGAUCGGGACGAGGGGAAGCGUCGAAGAGACCGGAGCGGCAGCCGCGAACGGAGAGACCGCAAGGACAGAGACCGCGACCGCGACCGCGACCGCGACCGCGACCGCGACCGCGACAGGGAGAGGGAUAGGGAUAGGGAUCGAGACCGGGACCGGGACCGACCGAAAGGCGGCGGGCUCGAAGUGCGCGAGAAGCGACCCGGCGGGUUAGAGUAUCCCCACCGGCCGGGGAAGGAGUCGAAGAAGGACGACUACGACUACUAG